GUCGACCACCGACCAUCUAGUGAUUCAAUUUCUAAACUAAUAUGUAAACAUAAUAGAGCAAUGUGUGUGUUAAGCCAUUCUAGUGUCUAUGAAAAAUCCAUUAAUUAAUUAAUCAUCCUUGAUUCGACUACAAAUAAUUUAACAUAGGGAUUAUAAGGAUCGUCUUUAUCUGUUCUACUCAUCUCCAAGAUGGAUGAACUUUGCCUGGCUAAGCAAAAUCUAUUUGAUUGUCUGGGUUCCAAUUUCAAAUGUUAUCUAAGCCUGUUACGAAGCUGGUUUCGAAAUCAUUUGAGUAAAGAAGAGUUUGACUUUGAAGCUCGAAAACUUUUUACAAAUUCAAAUGUGUCAAAACAUAAUGCAUUCCUUUUAGCUCUAUUUAGCCGAUGUCAAGAUUUAUCAUCUCUUGAUAAUCAACAAGAUCGCAAACCUAAAUUGGAUGAGAAUGACAAAAGUACUAAAAAUCGUUCAUUAAAAAAGCCUCGGCCCAACUAUAAAAUCACCUAUGAAAAACGGUUUCUUCCUAUUGAUCCUGCAUUAUAUAGUCCUAUUCCAACCAAAAAAUCUCGGCUACAUGAAGCUGAAAGACGUGAAGUUUUACCUAAAGUUGUUUUCAGUUUAUCUGAAGGAUCCUUGCCUGACCAUUUCAUGGCUAAUCUACGGAUGCUCGUUAUUGUAUGGGAAACGGGAUUGGAUAAUCUCAGCAAUGAUGCAGUUCUUCUACUUAAUUUAGCUUUAAGAGAUUUUAUUAAAAAUAUUCUCAUGUACGUGUUAACAUUCAAGUCUGCUUUUCGCAGUUAUGAUAAAGGACAAGUCAGAUAUGCAGUUGGUGCUCCAAUGGUCAAUCCUUAUCUUAAAAAUUCACACUCACUUUGUAAAUAUCCUCAAGAUAUUCACUCAUCCUAUGUGACUGACUCUGGUGAACAUAUGCCAGCCGUUCUACCUACAAAUGAAACAGCCGAACAUGAUGCUAUCUUUCAAAUAGCUUGCUCUAAAUUACCCAAUGACUAUGAAUCUCCCCGGGAACGAGGCUUAAUUACAUUAUGGCAAGUGUUUCAUGCCCUUAGACUAAACAAAUCAGCUUUACCUUCUCAUUCUGUAUAUACCAUUAACAUGGAAAAAAUCAUCACUCGUCUUUCUCACAGUACAUCCAAAGAAUACGAUUAGAUUGUUAUUUCUCUCACCACAUAUCUCGUCAUUUGUUUUCGUUUUGCCUUGAAAAUCAUUUACUAAAAAAGAGGAUGGAAACAAGAAAUGCCAAUAAUACUGAAUGCUUGAAUCUUCAUAAAAGAUAUGAGAUGAAAAGAAAGUUUAAA